CCUCUGUAUAAAAUUCUCUAUAAAUAAGUGCCUUAGUGGCCUUCUAAUAAAUCACAUUCAUCUCUCCAGCAUAUGUUUACAGGCUUACAAUUUACCAACUCAAAGCAAGACAAGGUUGAGAGUUGAGACGAAUAAUCAUAAAUCAAAAUGAGUCAACCAACAGGAACAUCAUUCACAAUCGGUACUGUUAACAUUCCUGAUGGAGUGGCACCACAGAAGAAAGGGUGUUGGAGUAAGAUUUUUGAUUGGUUUAAAUAUGAUAGAAAUGAAUGGUUGAAGGACAUGAGAGGAGGCCUGAGUUUGAUGGUUUCCAUUAUCGCAACUAUCACCUUUCAAUCGGCUUUGAAUCCACCUGGUGGCGUGCUCCAGGCAGGUCUCGGCGAUAAAAGUGACAUAUUAAACUGCUUAAUUCCCGAUUCACAGUAUAGUCUAUGUGCAGGAGAAGCAGUUUUAUCUGUAACUAAAAGAGAGUACUAUACAUUUUUCUUGGUAUUCAAUACCACUUGCUUCAUUGCGUCGCUUUGUGUGUGUCUUUUACUUGUGAGUGGACUCCCUCUGAAGAACAGAUUCACCAUGUGGCUGUUACUGGUUGCCAUGUGCAUCACUGUCACGAGUCUUUUGCUUGCUUAUUUGAUGGGCCUCUUCUUGGCUACGCCCGAGGACAUUGCAGGUGGGGAAAUUUUCGACAAAUGGUUUUCGUAUCUUUUAUUGGGCUUUUUCAUAUUGUUUGUAGGAGUCGGUAUAUUCCAAGUACUACGCUUUCUUAUUUGGUGUGUGAAGAAAUGUAUCCCGCUAAAAGGUCUUAGCUAGAAAGUUUGAAGGGGAUGGAAAUAUGAUGCACAAUCAAUAUCUUCGCCAAGAAUAAGGUUUGGUCCAGUAAAGAAAUGUAUUAAAGAAGUGUUUGUAUUGCGUUUGAUGAAUAAAAAAAAAAUUACGUAUGCUUA